AUGCCUAAGGUGGAAUAUCUCGGCCAUAAUGUCUCCCACAAUGGUCUGGAGGCUAAUCCGAAAGAUCUGUCGGCAUUGACAGAUCUAGCAUUUUCAGGAUCACUUAGAGCCAUGCAGUCAUUUCUGGGAAAUCGAAAUCACUACAGCCGAUUUAUCGAAGACUACGCGAUCUACGCGUCAGUUCUGUAUGAAUUACGAGAGAUCGACUUUGCUGCGACGAUGAAGGAUGUCACCCAAACGCAGAUCCAACGAGUGUUAGAGGUGGAGAGUGAAGAUCAAGCGAUCGACCGCCGAAAGACUCUGGAUCUGGAGGCGCUAUAUCUCACUGAAGUGGAUCCGCGUUGGAUCCAUGCCUAUCGAUCGUUCAGUGUGCUUAAAUCCAAGAUCGCCACUACUCCGAUCUUGCGGCACUAUGAUCCAGAUCGAAGAGCUACGGUGCUAGAGUAUGACAAGAUCUACUACCUGGUGAUGUUCGCGAGCCGUAUUUCAAGGUCAAAUGAGAUAAAUUAUGGAAUCGCGGAGAAGGAGGUACUGGCCUUGCUGAGGAUCCUAGAUCUUAACUGCAAUGCUUUGGUCGGACGUCCGAUCCAUGGGUUAACCCGACACUCUACCUUGGUGUGGCUCUUCAGAUCCACAGCCCUACAGGGACGUUUAGGUCAGUGGGCUGCUCUACUGUCGCCGUGGAAUCUCGAGAUCAUCAAGUGUGUCAAGGGUGAAGAUGAGAUCCUAGGAAAAUUGGCGGCUAGUAUUACGCCUAGAUCACAGGAGCCACAGCGCAGGAUCCAGGAUCCGAUCACCACCAUUGGACGCGAUGAGGAUCUAUACGCUGUUAGUUUCGAUGGAUCCGCUCGUGUCAAGAGGAGGGAGGGCUUCCAGCGCGAUCAUGUGAAAAUUGCCUGA